GGGCCCGAACCCUUUUAGGAUUUUCUUAGUCUCACUGAGUCCUACUUAUAGCCAAAAUAUGGAGUCAAACGGCGUCCGACAGUUGGAUAGGUUACCUCGUAAGUGAUUUUUUCCUAAAACCUUGAAUUUCCGUUCAAAUCGCGUCAAAGUCAUAGUGUAUACCUUAAAAACAAUGACAAAUCUGAUGCAAGUUAUUUCAAGCUGGUCUUUGGAGGGUCUCUGGAAAACCUACAGCAAAACAAGUUUACGAUCAAUUUUUUUCGCUUCAAAAUUGCGACGCGCUUCACUAAUCAAAUUUAUCAUUUUUGGAAAGGACUGUUCACUGUAUUUGCGCACGUCUACAACAGACACAAACAAAUACCAGUUACUUUACAACAGAAGAACUCAACCGCCGGGCGCAUUUGAUGAUUCACUAUAGCAAGUGCAUUGAGACAACGUACGUGCACCAGAUUUGUUGUUUUGAAACGUUGUGAAGUUGGGUUCGUUGAUGAUAUAUUGGCUCUUGUAUUAAACAUUUAUUUCUUACAGAAAUAGAGUUUAUUUUGUGUUAAGAAUGAUUUGUAUUUUUAGAACAGUUUUCUUUUUCUUGUGUAGAUGAGCAAAAGCGCAGAUCUUUUUUAUUUCGUGAUACGCUUUUGUAAAAUUUUAUUUCUAAUCAAGACUUUGAUAUAAAGACACAUGUGAUAGAUCAAUGAAUAACUGAAAACUGAAAAUUCGAGUGUAGUGUGUGAAAUUCCGCGAUGUUUUGCUGUAGGUUUCCCAGAGACUCUCCAAAGACCAGCUCAAAAACCUUGAAAUGACUUGCAUCAGAUUUGUCAUCGUUUUUAAGGUAUACACUAUGACUUUGACGCGAUUUGAACGGAAAUGCAAGGUUUUAGGAAAAAAUCACUUAGUCGAUUUUGGGCAAAACGCGCCGUUUUUCAAUGUUUAUCUUUUUUCCCUAUGCUGAAGAACAAAUUCAAAAAUGUACACAUAUAACUUUAUUCUAAAUUUCAUAGCAACUCUUAUGGCGAAAGAGUCAGGUCGCUAGCUCACAACCCUAAGGACUUGAUGUUUUUGCAAGAUCGAUGGGUCGAACUUCGAGUUCCGCUGGUUGAACCUCUUGAUAUGUUUUUUAGUUUCUGCUGAAAAACUUUAAAACAUAGUUUUCUAGAUUCACUUUUCGAUGUAGAAUCUGAAAAUAUUAGUUAAAAAAAGUUAAAAUGCAAUCUGAAAUGGCGACAGCACAUUUUCUGAAAAGAUGCGCUUUUUCGUGCUUUUGACCCGAGCUUAGUAUUUCGGGUCUUUCUCCCCGAAGAUGGUAUUUUUUUAAACUCGGACGGCGAUAUUCGUGAUCAGCACACUUUGCUCUACCAGAAUAUAUCUAUUUGAAUUAAAAAUAAAAAUGCGUGGUAACUUUGAAUUACGCGCGCCUUAACUAAAAGUCUGGUCUGCACCAAACUUUCAGGAAAUGCUCUUCUUAUGAUUGCACUCUUCUCGUAAAAGUUUGACGAAGUUACUGUUUCAGAGAUAUUGCUCAGGUAGGAGCCACGAUGGGACUGUUCAUAGCUGUGAGAUGUUUCGGUAACGAAGCGUCGUGGAGAGAAUCUCAAACUGACAAUAACACAUAUGGCUUUAGGCUAAUAGGGCCAGAUUUUUGAUAUUUUACUAUUAUACUAAUGCUUAGUGUCAUAAGUCCAAAAAUCGAAAAAGUCUCGUUAAUUUGCACAAAAAUAUUUCUCUUGUCACAAAUCUAGAAUGAAUAUCAAAAAUCGGGCUCUAUUAACCUCUAGCCGCAUAUGUUAGUUUUAUUUUAAAACUAGUGAGAACUCUUUACAUCAAUCGGUUAUGGAGAAAUCCUGAGGUGGAAACGUGAAGUUCGCUCUUGAUGUAAAGCAGCACAAGUGUAAGAUGCAUAUUUAGGGUCUCUAUUGAAAAUUCUUAUAACUUUUGGUUGGAACAUUGUCUGGACUUGGGAGACGCCUUAUUCCGAUCGGAAAUGUUCGCUCUAUAACCUCGGCGCGUUGGAACUGCUUUUCUAUCGAUUUUGUAUUGAUAGAUAAUACAAAGUUACAGGGUUAGUCAGUUUUUCUGCGCAUUCGGGAAACUACCUAAAACGCUUGCAGACACGUUCGAUGAAGAUCUUACUGUCAUACAUUCUGACAGCACUGGAAAGGGCACAUUGGCACAGCGCGGUGGGUUUAACGUUAUCUCCAGCCACUAAAACAAGUUGUUGAAUACUAUUCGGUGUAAACAACUUUGAGACUGAUAAAUAGAGUGUGAUAUCUGAAAUAGGCCAUGUCGAUUAGAGCUCUUCGUUGUGAAACCACCUGCUAAAUUGCAAAAUAAUAGGGGAAUGCAUGUUUAUAAAUGUGUUUUUUGAGACAUGCGAAACUCUAAAUCUCACCUCAUUUACAUAUGACUGACACAUGUAGGUUAUGAAUUUAGUUUCCUCAUAAGAUGCAGAUGAAGCAUAGAAAAGUUCUACCUAUACAUCCCAAACGUUGAUGCUGAUAGUCUGUCUUUUUAUAGUUAGCAUCAAUGAAAGAAAAAAUUAUGAAUGUUAAGAAAUCAAUUGAAUCUGCAUCAAUACAACGCAAAAUUGAUUUAUGUCCAGACUUAAUAUCAUUAUGUAACAACGUUUCAUAUUGUCAAUGUCAAGAAAAAUUUGAUGCAAUGCUAACAUUAAUUGAAACAUACUGUUAUUCAUUAAAAGAUCCAGAAACAGCUAUAAAACUUGUAAAGCAAAUGAAAAAUGAUGUCAAAACUGAAAUGAAUAAUUCAACACACGAAGAACAAACAACAAUUGAAAAGCGUAUGAAUUCAAUGGAACAUGUAUUUAAUGAAAUUGAGAAGAAUUUGGAUAAUUGCCUAAAAAUAAAAGAAGCAGAGCAAAAGAGUAGAAAAUCAGAUGAUUUCGAAGAAUUGACGCUGCAAGCUGACGCAUAUCCAUACCACGAUGAGUCCCAAGGUGAAGAAGACAUAAAAUUGGGCAUGGGCAUGUACGAUAAUUAUAGUUCUGAUGAGGACAUGGACAUGUUUUCAGCAAAGUCAACAGUAUUAUCGAGAGCUAGUACCACACCUACACAACAACAAGAGAUAGAGCAAGUUAGUAAGUCCGAAACAAAGUUCAUGGCAUGUCCAUACGAUGGUGAAGAAUUUUCCAUGGGAUUUGAUUUUGAUGGGACUGGAUUUGCGUUGGAUAAUGUUGAUUAUGACUCGCUACAGGUGUUUCCAGAAAAGUCACCAGUAUUAUCCGGAGACAUUAUCACAGACGCACAACAACAACAAGAACAGCAACAAGUCGAACAGCACGUUAGUACAUCAAUUGCACGAUUAAAAGAACUGGCUCGUGAUAUGGAAUAUGAAAUUCAAAAUCAAAAUGCGCAAAUAGACAGAUUGGCGGCUAAAACUGAUAAUCGGCAGGAAAUGAAAAAACAAAGGGAAUAUACAAAUAUGAUGUGUAAUUUAUUAGAUGGUGAUGGUGACGUUGGUGGCAGUAGUUCAACGAAAUCAAAUUCAAAAGAAAUACUGCUUGCAUUGAGAACUAGUGAUGAUGCAUUCGAACCACAUUUGUGUAUAGCAACUUCAACGACAUUUUCAUUGGCACUAAAGGAAUUAUCUUCACCAAAACGUAAAAUAAUAAACAAAUUAGAUAAAGCUGCAGAAUAUGGUAAAAAACGUGAAACGAGAAAAAACGCAGAAUCAAUAUCAAAAACAGACGAUACAUUCAGGCAUUCAGAGAAAAGCGCUCAUUCACUUAGCAUAGCGGAGGAAUCAGUAUCAAAG